ACGCGAUUGAAUGAAAAUGAACUUUAAUAACAAAAAAAAAAGAAAAAAAGAAAAAUUUAUAUACAAUUAACAGUUUAACAUAUUCUCUUAAGAAAAUAUAGAAAUAUUUUAGAACGUCAUAGCGAGUCAUUCAGGACGAGUUCCUUUUGAAGACACACAACAACUCGUUAUUGUUAUGUAUGUCAAAUUCUUUGGGUGCCUAGAAACGACCUUCUAGUUCCGAGUUCACUCCAAACUCAUAUAUCUAGGCCGACUCAUGUAGUAACAAUAUGUAAACUUUCAUAACAUAAUCUAGUAUAGUAUAGUAAUCUCUUGCGAUUAUUACCGAUCGUACAAUUCUACUAAGGAUUAAUUAGAUAGAAAGUUCAAUUAUAAUGAUAUAAUGCAUUAGAAUGUUGAUUUGAAGAGAAGCGAAGAGCGUAGUCGUAAAAGUAGAGAUUUUGUUUUUCGCGCGUCGUACGAGAGUCGCACGACGUCGAGAUAUCGAUCGUCGUCGGCUAGAAGCGUCCUAUGUUUCGGAGCAGUCGCACGCAGUCACAAGGUACCUGUCACAAUUGGAUAAUCUCUUAACGAAGAAGGUCGAAGUAUAGAAAUAAAGAGAGAAAGAUCAAGGGGAAAAGCUUCAUCAGAGCUUUCUGCACACGAAAAACUAUUGUUAAGUGAGAACAUUUUGUAGAAAUAAAUUGAAUUCUUCUUAAAUUGCAACUUUGCAACUCUAUUCGAUCGCUCGGAAAAAGACCGAGUACAAAGAUGUGCGGUGGUUUUACGUGCUCGAAAAAUGCGCUGACAGCACUAAAUAUACUCUAUAUUGUCGUUGCAUUUAUUUUGAUUGGCGUCGCAGUUUAUGGAAGAGCAUCAGCUUUAGUUACCAAUCUUCCUAUAAUUGGUGGAAUUUUAGCGUGCGGAGUGAUACUUAUUCUCAUCUCCAUUCUCGGGCUAAUCGGUGCUGUAAAACAUCAUCAAGUUUUAUUGUUCUUUUACAUGCUUAUUUUGUUCCUUCUAUUUUUGAUUCAAUUCAGCAUUGCUUGCGCUUGUCUUGCAGUUAAUGCUAAACAACAAGAACAACUUGCAGAACAAGGAUGGAGACGAGUUGGAGAUGAUUUAAGAGCUAAAGUAGAAGAAACCUUCCAUUGCUGUGGAUUUAAUGACACUGUUAUUGAAAAAGAUCCCUUGGCAUGCCAUGAUAAAAAUAGAACUUGCUGUCCUUUCUCUGACCGUGAAUGCACUGACCGAUGUCCACUAUGUAUGCAAAAAUUGCAAUCUACAAUUGAUUAUGCCUUCAAACUUUGUGGUAGUAUAGGAUUAUUUUUCAGUUUUACAGAGGUGAUCGCAGCUUUUGUAGCGAAGCAUUACAAAAAUCAGCUAGAUCCGCAGCAGAAAGCUGCAAGAGCUGCAUUUCCCCAACUAAAUUAUCUUUAUUAAUAUGAUUCACUUUUAUUUUCUUCGUAGAAAAGUGAUACUAGAUCCACGAAUAUUGGAUCUUGCUUUAUAUCCGUAAUCAAUAGAAAAUACAUGAUUAUCAUCUAAGAGCCAGAGAACAAAUUUUUAUGUAUCUGUUUAAGGAUGAGAUAAAAGUACCGUUUCUGAUUUAUAAUGCUCGAAAGAAUUCUACAAUAUUAUAAUAUGAGAAUGAACAAUUUUACAAAAUUAUUACGUCUAUAAAAUAUAUAUGUUGUAAUAAUUUACACAAAAUGCUCAAUACAAGCUUUAACACAUUGUGUGGCUUAAUGUUGGAUAUACUUGAUUAUAGGUACAUUUUCAUAAGCACCUUUUUGAUGAGAAUACUGUGCAUUCCAUUUUUGUUCUAGUAUCAUAUUUCAUAUCUAUUAAAUGCACCCAUAUCUAGCUAUUAGACAUAAAACAUCUCUUUAUUAUUAUAUCACAAGUAUAUUCGUAGAAUUCUUCAAUGAAAAUUUCAGACUUUCACAAUAUUGUGUAAUUAUAAUUUCAUACUACUUAAAUUUUCCUCUGCCAUAUUACCAUUAAGUAAGUGAAAUAGGUAUCAGUAUUUCUUUAUUAUUGUUUGUAAAAAUAUGAUUUUCUUUCUAAGACUGAAAGAAACCAAAUAAUUUUCAUAUAUAAUUUGAUAUUUCCAAUUAAAUGAUAUUUUUUAAUAUUUAUUUAAUAUACAUUAUAUUGUGUUUUAAACAUGUUGAAAUUAAGAAUUAUAUUUGAGUUUUCGUGAAAGAGAAGUUAACAAAAUUAUAAAAAUUAUAGUCUUCCUUUAAAUCACAUUUUAUGAAUUCUGCAAAUUUUUAUAUAUUAUUUUUGCAAUCGCUUACAUUCAUUCAUUUUCUUCUGUAUAUAACAUAUGAAAAUAUUAAAUGCUUCCUAUGUUUUGUUUAACGUAUAUUCUAAUAAAUACGUUUAUAAUAGAUAUUUAUUUAGUUGAAUAUAAAUUAAAUCAAUUAAAUCGAAAUUGUAAAAUAUCAAUGAUCUUAUUUACUAUUACAAAGUUAAUAUAAUUUAUAUCACAUUAGUUUGUGUUUAAUCCAAUACCAUAAUAGAUCUGCAUAAUUACAAUAAUAUAAGAAAAUCAAAUAAUUUCACGAUGUGCAUAAUCGAUUUUUUAUAAUAGUCGUAGUAUUUUAACAUUGCUUAUAAUAAUAUAGCUUUAAAAUAAUAUAGAUUGUAUAAAAAUAAUUUAGAUAAAAUAUGCAAUUAAUCGACGCAUUUUGCUGUAACAGAAUUUUCAUGUUUUUUAUUUGCAAUGAUCUAUUAAUAUUUAUUUAGAAGUAAUUUAGUUUUAUUUUCAUUUAUAUUGUGUGAAAUAUACUAUAUAUCAUAAUAGUAUGUCUUACUUGAAAUCAAGUUUUUAGCUAAUCCUAAGUAAUAUUUGAAACAUUUAAAUAUAUAAGAUAUUAAAAUUAUAUAAUUACUUAGGUAGAAAAAUUAGAAAGAAUUAUAUUUAAGUAGUACAUUUGCCUAUGUUCAUCCUAAGAUUCAAUGCUGAUGGUUUUUUUUUUUUUUUUUUUUUUUUUUCUCUUUUUUAGUGAGUCCUUUUUUAUUUUGUUAUUAUAUUUUAAGUUAUAUACAUUUUUCAUACUUGUUAGAAAAAUCUCAUUUAUCACGUUAAAGUAUAAUAUCUUCAAAUCAGAUGGUUACCAGACCUCGAAUCUUUUAAUUUGAUUGAAAAAUAAUGUUUGAUAAAAAAUUGUAAUGUUACAAUUAUAUCCAACAGCUACAUUGCGGUCUAUAUAAAUUAUAUUAGCAUUGUAAACAUAAAGUUCACAUUUAUACUUAAUGAAUAUAGUAUAAUGCACAUUCUUCAAAAAUGUAUUAACAACGAUGUAUAGGUAUUGAUAUAUCUGCGAUGAAUUAAUAAGAAUACAACAUAAAAUAUCAAGUUGAUAAUUAAUAAAUCAGUGGAGGUGCUUGUA